AUGCAGCCGCCGCACUUGCAAGGCACUGCCGUGCCUGGAGUCCCUGCAGUCACUGCAGCAGCAGCAGCAGUUGCUGCAGCAGCAGCAACGACCGCAGCAGCAGCAGCUUUCCCGCAGGCCUCCCUGCCUGCUGUCGGCCUGCCCGUCAACACUCUUGGCCCCCAAAUGCAGCAGCAGCUGCAGCAGCCCCAGGCCAUGCAGCAGCUGCAGCAGCUGCAGCAAAUGCAGCACAUGCAGCGCAUGAUGCAGGCAGCCCAGUACGCAGCAAUGGUGCCUCCUCCGGGGGUGCCCAUACAGCCCGACGUGCGGCAGCAGGUCGCUGUGGACCCGACGCACUGCGCAGUGCAGCGGCUGACGGCCGAGGAGGCGGCCUCGGUGGGCAGCGUGAUGGCCGCGGGCCGCGCGGAAAAGAAAAAAGUUCACCUCAGGAAGGCCGCGGGACUCAUUUGGAGUGACCCCACGCUGGACGAGUGGACGGAGAACGACCACCG